AAGCGCAAAGGCACGCUGAUCGCCAGGUACCCACCGCGGGAGCUCCACACCGGCGAUAUCCUCUGCGAUCCCUCGAGUCAGCAGCAAUGGCGCAUCCUCGGUGGUAUCGGAAGGGGCGGGUUUGGGUCGGUGUAUUGCGCCGAGUCGCUCCCUGGCGGAGGCCCGGACGUGGCGAUCAAGCAGUUGCCGAAGGCGGCGGCGAUGAGGCGCGAUGGGUCGUUGCGGGACGUGCAUAGAGAAAUCACGGUGUUGACGAUGGCGACAAUGUCGAACAGCCCGCUGUUGCAGAAGAUGAUCUGUUCGUUCGAAGACGCGACGUCGGUGUAUAUCGUGAUGCACCUACACGGAUGCAGCUUGAGCGCGCGGAUGGACCUCGCUAAACGGUGUGCACCGAUCGACGACGUGGACCGGGCCAUCUACAUGGCUGAGAUGGUGCAGGCCGUCGAGGAUCUGCACGCGCUCAACGUCAUCCACCGGGAUAUCAAACCGGAUAACUUCGUCCUGACCGCGACGGGCAACGUCGUCCUGACCGACUUUGGCGUUGCGCACGUGUUCGGGCACUCGGUCCGUGAGCUGUGGAAGGCGCCGCUUUGGGCGGGCACGGCGGGAUAUUUGGCGCCGGAGAUGGAUUCCGGUAAACCGGACGGCGAACAGAGGGGUCACGGCGCGCCCGCAGACGUGUGGUCGUUGGGUAUGGUGUUCAUCGAGCUCGCUUGUGGUUUCGAUCAAGGCUUUUUCGCUGAUGUGAGGGCCAGGAAUGGCGAGCGACCGUUGGCUGCUGACGAAGCGUGGGCGGCGCCGCCCUCUAUCGACACUAUUCGCGGCGCACUGGCCAUGUUGCCAGACCGCCUUCUGCGGGAUCUCCUGUUAGGGAUGCUGAAGAUGGAUCCUGCAGAGCGCUUGGACAUUGCCGCGAUCAAACGACACCCGUAUUUCGCGCAAAUUGAUUGGGAGACGGUGAUGGCCCAUGGCUACAAGACGGAUUUUACGCCCACGUUGGAAAUCACCUCGCUGCCGCCUCCGCAACAGCACCUCGCGCAGUCUCGCAUCCGCGGCGCGACGGGCGAGCCCCUGACGUGCCCAUGCUUCAGCCCGAUGAGCAUUGUCCUCCGCCCCGACGUUCCGCGCGAGCGAGUGGCGAUCGACUACGUCAUUCGCUGAUUCUCGCCUUUGUGAUAUUGAUGUUGCUCUGAUGUAUUUUGUAGUUUAGUGUAUUAGUCGU